GUAUCAGUCUUUGAAUAAUGCAAACAAUAUACCACUUAAAAGAACCACAAAUGGACAGGGAAGAGGACGUCAGGACAAUUAUACAGACGUUUCUUUUUCAGUUCUCGGAGAAGGCGUACGGUGGGCCUUCGUUCAAUCGCCCGGCUUGCUGUUUUGCGCCGCAUAUUUAUGGAGCCGGCAAAACAUUUGUAGGCCAAAACUUUUUGGCCUAUUUGAAUAUUUUUGCAGAGCGUGAGUGUUCCAAUGCACAGACUUUUCAACAACUACACAGUUCAAACGAUAACCCCCAACCGAGUGAGUUGAAAGUGCCUUGGAAACACUUUGCGGAACAAACUUUGUCAGUUAUCUUAGAACUAAGAGAGAGCUUUUCUGAUGCUCCUUUUCCAAGGUUUCUAGAGGCUUUGUUAUAUAAUAUAAUUUUGAACGCUUAUCGACAAAAUGGAAGAAGAAAAGAUGCCGCACACGUUGCUUCAACGAUAAUCAGGGAACUCAACUUGGACGAUGCCAUAGAUUAUCUUCUCGAACAAUUUCAGAAACAAUAUUUAUUUUUGAUGAUCGACGAACUUAGCCAUCUGAGUUACCUCACUAAAUACUAUAGUGAACUCGGCGAGGAACAGUUCAUCGAGUCUGACCCAAAAUAUGUACCUUUUCGGAACUUCUUCCGCAUUUUACGUGAUUUGUUGAUUACAGGGAAGGUAAUUGUCUAUUUGGCAGGUCGAACUGCUGAAAUCUCGGCCCCCUUGUCUGAUACUCGCUCCAGUAGAGUGAGUCUUCGUAUGUUGCGGUUGAAUCCCUUUAACCUCCGUGAUAUUAACGAAUAUAUUGAGCUGGCAACUUAUGAUGGAAAGUCCUUGAAGGACUGGUUAUUACCCUCAGAUGGUAUACGACAUCGAUUCUUAGAAUUGUUGAAAAAGAAGACAGGGGGUAUCCCGUUGAUUUUAAAGAAUACUUUACUUGCCCUAGUACGGAAAGUUGCAAACUUAUCGCAACCUGCUAUCAACAACGACAAUAUGGAACUUUUGUUAGAUGGUGUCUUCCGGUCUUUACUACUACAUUCGUUAACGUUUAUUAUUCCAGAGAUACUAGAUUCCGCAACCCUUCUUCGAUAUGAAUUUGUCUUUUUGAAUUAUCAACUCGGAACAGUUUUCCCAAUCGGAUUUGCAAUUACUCUAUGUGGAACGAGAACUUAUUUGAUGGACUUGGUUGCAACUUUUGGGUUUUAUUCUGAAAUUUGUGAAACUGACGGGAUUGAUUUGGGCACUAAAUUCAAGAUUGGUUGUUGUGAAUUUAUAUUGCGAGCUCAUAGCAACUAUAAAUUUUUCCGUGAGGCUACUGAACUUUUUCCUUUAUCUCCGUUUAGUUAUAUUCCCGACACUUCAACAGCAAAAGGAGUCUUCUUUGAAUUUGUAUUUAUGAAGAUCUUUCGUUUUCGCUUAUUAACUUUUCUUCAUUCUAGUUCCUCGCCUAUUGUACAUUCUGCUAUUCCAGGAAUUUUCCAGGGUUCUUUUAUUGAACAGGACAAUGUUUCUUAUUCUAUGGAAUCAACAAAAUCUAAUGAUAUACCCAUCUUGAGAGAGAUGUCUCUGAUUCAUUUUCUGACCAUUAUGGAAAAUUUUUACAACGUUGUGGUAUUUUUGUUCCAAAAGAUGGCAAUUCGAGUGGUCCUGAUGCAUAUGUUGUAUUCCAUAAUGGACAAACACGUUAUGUUGUUGGAUUUUCAUUUAAAUUUUAUCACAAAACUGGAUUUUCGAAAACAAAUAUUGAGAAGGAAGCAGAACAAUUUUUCCAAGAAAUAUGAUCGAUCUGUAGGUUUCUCUGUUGAAGAACAUAAUAUUGUUGAAGAUGCAAGUUAUUUGGUUACUGAACAUUCUGCAGGGUCAACUUUGAAUGAAAGUAGUCGAUCAUGCCUGCAGUUGGUAAUUGUUUCCCAAAGGAACCUUGAACGAUUUUUUGGAAUAGAAAAUUUCGAUAUUUUGAGGAAAAUUGGGAAAGCAAGCCGAGAAGAGUUCAGAAAAGACUUUUCAGUAUGGUGUAAAACUGUCUUUGAGUCGAUGUCCGAUGAAUAUGUUUCGCCUUUGGAAGCUAAGCCAUUCAAUGUUACUUUAAGAGUAGCUCGAAAUAUAAGACCGAGAACAAAUGAGGAGAAUAGGAUGCAAAUGGAAGGUUUUCAAACUGCUAUGCAAGUGGAAGAAGGAAAUACACGAAGCGAACAAAGGGUUGCAGCAUCCAGUUCUUUGUCUUCGUCAUUUGAUUGGAAUACUUUCCUAAGAGACCGUUGUGGUCUUUCUGAAGAAGAUGUUGCCUAUUGUUUGCCCAGGUUGUCCUUCAUAGGAAUGAUAGAUUUGAGUGGCGUGACAACAGAGUUUCUUUUGAAGUGCGGUAUCGAUAGUCCUUCACUAAGAUUGCGAAUUAUGUUAGGAAUACGACAGUUUUUAGCAAAGUAGCUUUUAUGGACUAGUUUGUGGUAUGCCCAUGAUUUCCCUGUAGAAGAUGAUGGAAGCCUUGUAGAAGUCGUAGUCCUAAUAAAGACAUGUAAUUUUUGUUUUUA